UCGUAAACAGGCAGAGCCUUAGAGGCGGGGCUUGCAUAAAAUAGCUGACGAAACACACAACAGCUGGGUAUUUGACAGGUGCAAUGGCUGACGAUUUAGAGACAGAGGAUGGCUCUUGGAUCUUAGCUCUAGAAGGAGCACUAGAUGAACAAUGUAGCCUGCAUGACCUGCGAUUGAUCUGCCGCAGUAAAAGCAUCCCCGAUUCCAUGCGUGGCCAAGUUUGGCAUCGGUUAUUGGGAUCAUCUACCGGCUCUACCAGUGGGCUCGAACGAUUCAACGAAAUUUUCGAUCUGACGAAUCAAUCGAAACUAAGAGAAGACUGCAAUAUCUUAGUAGAAAAGUUGGACAAUGAAGAAGAAGACAAAGUUUCCAUCCUAUCUGAUCUUGAGUCUCUGGUUACGCACUAUUGCAAAACUCACAACGUGAACUACGAACCAAACAGUGGCUGGCUUCAUAUUCUCACACCAUUGGUCUCCUUAAAACUCCCCAAAAAUGAACUUUACAGCUAUUUCAAUGCAAUUUUAGAUUCAUAUAUUCCAAGGCAGUGCCAUUUUAAUGGUGUAGCUAUGCAUCUAUUUCGACUACUUUUGCUGUACCAUGAACCAGAGCUCUGUUCCUUCCUAGAUUCACACAAAAUUGCCCCUAAUUUAUAUACACAGAAUUGGUUCCUCUCCCUUUUUGCUGCCUUGAGUGAUUUGCCAGCUGUACUAGCUCUAUGGGAUUAUUACUUCAUUCGAGGCGAUCCGUUUUUAAUAUUCUUCCUCUCCUUAGUGCUCGUCAUCAACGCCAAGGAUGAGAUCAUGGCUCACAAGGGUGAAAAGGAAAAAAUUUUGGAAACUAUCGCAGAACUUCCUCAACAAAUGGAAGCCGGCGAUAUUCAUGACUUUUGCUCAUUAGCUGUUCUCUAUUCGGCACAAACUCCUUUUUCGUACAAGAGGGAUUACCAUCAAGCCCUCUUUGGUGAAGAAACGUCGGAAAAAACAACGGAUCUUUUGGUUCUGUCCCAAGCUCUUUGCCUUCCUGUUUCUGUACAGGAAUUGCUAGUCAGCUGCCGUUUAUUGAAUCCGCCGACAAAAGCCGAUGCCGAGACGAGAGCGUUGCGCUUUUUUCUUGUUGAUUGUCGGCCUGCCGAGCAGUACAACGCUGGCCAUCUUCCUACAGCCUUUCAUCUUGAUUCAAACCUUAUGUUAACUGAGCCUCAAGCUUUCAAUGUUGCUGUGCAAGCGCUACUCUCCUCUCAGAAACAGUCAAUUGCUGCGCAAUCGGCUGCCGGAGGGGAGCACUUGGUGUUUUUUGGUUCGGGCAGAGAAGCAGAAGAUCAAUAUGUACAUAUGGUCGUCGCCUUUUUCCUUCAAAGACAUGUUCAGUUUGUCGGCCUUGUCCAAGGCGGUUUCCAUGCUGUGCAUCAGGCUCUUGUUGCAGCUCAGAUGGAAAGCGGGAUUGCUGCCACGUCGACAUUCGUUGAACCUGUCGGACUAGUUGAUCACAAUCCAUCAUUGUGCCUUGUCUGUAGUGCCAACAAAUCGGAUGCAACGCCGACAGCUGCUGGCAAAGGCAAUACUAGUGGAUCACCUCAAUGCACGGUGGGAUCUUCUUCCUCUAACAAAACGGACUUCUUUGGUCGGAUGCGUUCAAAGUCUGCAGUAGUCAAAGACAAAUUGCUCGAUUACAUUGUCAAUCCUAUUUCAGUUGGAGAUAAUGAAACAACACCAAAAACCAAAAGCAAAGAUCAGCCCAGCACUGUGGGGAAGAGCAAAGGAGCCGGAAAACUGUAUCGAAAUAUUGCGCCCGUCUUUUCGAUCGACGAUGAUCAAGAUGGAGACGAUCCAUCAUUCGAGGGAAGUUCUGAACGAGAGGCUGAUGCUCCGAAUCAGGAACUCGUAGCCAUAUCCUCAUGGCUCAAGAGACCAGACGUUAUCAACUCUUUCCGCUGCCACGAAGUAAAAGAGAGUGGGCAUGCUUUUCCAAGCUACCUGCUUAUUACGUCAAGUCACCUGUAUGCUCUGCGAGAAAUCGAGGAUCGUCCGGGUUUCGCUCGCAUUAGCGUUAAUCGCUCGUUGUCCUCCAUCAUGAAGAUCACCAGCAAAAAACGGCAUCCGGAAUUCAUCACCUUCAAAUAUGGCAACAUGAAGGGUGAAGAAACUAUAAUUGUAGAUUUAGACAGAUUUGUCGUCCCUCAAGCUGGAGAUGCUGUUAAGUUGGUAAAAUUGCAACUAUUCAAUAACAGCUCAACUAAUGCGAAUAGCUGAUUGGAAGCUCCGAGAUGUGUGGGAAUUGAGAACUACGACACAUUUCCUUUUCAGCAAACUUAUUAAUUCCAAUUCUCCUGUUCUAAAACAUUUUCCAGUCAGGUUGAUUUCGGUUACCGAAAAAAAAGUAUAUUCCAUCUCUCGUCGGCAAGUUAAAGUAUCACUUUGAUUUAACUGCUGUUGAUUGCCAAUCUACGGUAGGUGUGACCAGUAAAAUUAAUUCAAUGAUAAGUGAAAUCUUCUUUGGUAGCACCUCCAUUAGAUGUUUUAUUGUUUUCAAAAAUUGUUCCAAUUUAAUGUCGUUCUAGAUGAUAGGUGGUUGUGUUUCCAUUCUGUAUUUGUAUCGCUAACUUCCCCUAUUCAAACUUCUAUGAUUCAACCAGAGGAAAUAUAUUCGUAAGCUAAA